AUGGCACAUCGACUGUACAACGUACCCAUGGAUAAACCAGAAUUCGAAGAGGAAGAAAAUAAAAUCUACAACGCAGCUGAAAUGAACGGGUACGACAGGAAGUUUGUGGAAACAAUUCUCCGAAAACACAAACGAAAAAGGCACCGCCAGGAAAUCACAACACUGGAACCAGCAACAGAGAAAAAUAGAAGAAUAAGUCUACCGUUUUAUCCCAGAAUAACCAACCCAAUUAAGACCGCACUUCGACGACAGAGACUACAGGUAGUACACAAAAGCGAAAACACUUUACGUGAUUUACUGUGUAACCUGAAGGAUAGGGUUCCAUCAGAAGAGCAGUCAGGAGUUUACCGAAUCUCCUGUGAUGACUGUUCUGCAGUCUACAUCGGUCAGACCCGCCGCAAAAUUAAGGUUCGUUUAAGGGAACACAAAAGUGCUGUGGAAACACUGAAAAUACACGAAUCGAGCGUGGCCGCACAUGCAGUAAACUGUGGUCACAACAUAAACUGGGAGGAUUCAAAAUUGUUGAGAGCAGUAAGAAAAAACUCCCAGCUCAACGAGUCGAUGUUCAUCACAAAUUCCAAGGAACCGCUGAUGAAUGAAGACGAGCCACCCAUCGUAUCUAACCUUUUCGGGCUGACCGAAAAGAACAUUCCCUAA